CCCAAUCCAUGGCCAGACCCUGCGGCGCCGCGCUCCAGCGGCACGCGGCAGUGGCCGUCCUUCGCGCGGCCGCCGCCGCUGGCGACCUGUCCAAGGGGAAGGCGCUCCACGCCCGUCUCAUCACAGCCGCCCAUUUCGACGUCGUCCUGCACAACAACCUCAUCUCCUUCUACGCCAAGUGCGGCCGGGUCGGGCUCGCCCGCACGGUGUUCGACGCCAUGCCCUUCCGGAACGCCGUGUCCGCAAACCUCCUCAUGUCCGGAUACGCUUCCUCGGGGCGCCAUAAGGAAUCGCUCCAGCUGCUCAGGGUGGUCGACUUUGGCAUGAACGAGUACGUUCUGUCGGCAGCGGUGUCCGCGACCGCCAAUGUCAGGAGCUAUGACAUGGGGAGGCAGUGCCAUGGGUAUGCUGUUAAGGCUGGCUUCGCGGAGCAACGCUAUGUUUUCAACGCGGUGCUAUAUAUGUACUGCCAGUGUGCUCACAUGGAGGAUGCGUCCAAGGUAUUUGAGAGUGUGUCCGGUUUUGAUGCAUUCGCGUUCAACUCAAUGAUAAAUGGGUAUCUUGAUCGAGGGCAACUGGAUGGUUCAUUAGGGAUUGUGAGAAAUAUGACCGGGGAGGCUGAGAAAUGGGAUUAUGUGUCUUAUGUCGCAGUUCUUGGUCAUUGUGCUAGCAUGAAGGACUCUGUUCUUGGGGCUCAGGUGCAUGCCCAGGCUUUGAAGAAGAGGCUAGAACUAAAUGUGUAUGUGGGGAGUGCACUUGUUGAUAUGUAUGGGAAAUGUGACCAUGUUCAUGAUGCUAAUCGUGCAUUUGAGGUUUUGCCAGAAAAGAAUGUUGUUUCUUGGACAGCUGUUAUGACUGCUUACACCCAGAAUGAGCUGUAUGAAGAUGCAUUGCAGUUGUUCUUGGACAUGGAGAUGGAAGGAGUUCAACCCAAUGAGUUCACUUAUGCUGUGGCUCUCAACAGCUGUGCUGGCCUUGCAGCCUUGAGAACUGGUAACGCCCUUGGUGCCUGUGUUAUGAAAACUGGGCAUUGGGACCAUUUGCUAGUCAGUAAUGCCCUCAUGAACAUGUACUCAAAGAGUGGAAGCAUUGAGGAUGCGCACAGGGUCUUCAUUUCCAUGCCACUUCGUGAUGUAGUCUCUUGGAAUUUGAUCAUCACAGGCUAUGCGCAUCAUGGCCUUGCAAGGGAAGGAAUGGAAGCAUUUCACAGUAUGCUAUCAGCAGCAGUGAUCCCAUCCUAUGUCACCUUUGUCGGAGUAUUGUCAGCUUGUGCUCAGUUGGGUCUUGUUGAUGAAGCAUUCUACUACUUGAAUACUAUGAUGAAGGAAGUUGGAAUUACACCUGGGAAGGAACAUUAUACUUGUAUGGUUGGUUUAUUAUGCAGAGUUGGAAGGCUAGAUGAGGCUGAGAGGUUCAUAGUGAAUAACUGCAUUGGCACAGAUGUUGUUGCAUGGCGAUCACUGCUAAAUUCUUGUCAGGUAUAUAAAAAUUAUGGUCUUGGUCAUCGAGUAGCUGAACAGAUUCUUCAGUUGGAGCCCAGUGAUGUUGGAACCUAUGUUUUACUCUCUAACAUGUAUGCAAAAGCCAACCGAUGGGAUGGCGUUGUGAAGGUCCGGAAGCAUAUGAGGGAGAGGGCCGUUAGGAAGUCACCUGGUGUUAGUUGGAUUCACGUGGGAAGUGAUGUUCAUGUUUUCACAUCGGAGGAGAAGGUACAUCCGCAGAUGGACCAAAUCGCCAAAAAACUUGAAGAGCUGAUCGACCAGAUAAAAGCUAUCGGAUAUGUUCCAAACUUCGCAGUGGUCCUUCAUGAUAUUGAUGAUGAACGAAAAGAGGAGCACCUUAUGUAUCAUAGUGAGAAAUUGGCUCUAGCCUUUGGCCUUAUUCACACACCUAAGGGAGCAACAAUCCAUAUCAUGAAAAACCUCAGGAUAUGUGAUGAUUGCCAUGUUGCUAUCAAACUCAUAUCAGUUGUUACUAGCAGAAAAAUAGUUGUAAGAGAUGCUGUUCGAUUUCAUUGUAUAGAAGGUGGCAUUUGCUCAUGCAAUGAUUAUUGGUGAUUUGUGGUGCAAUUGUCUUGAUAGCAUGUGGCUUGUUGAGUCAGGUUAGUGUAACACGAUGGUAAUACUUAAAUUCCUGAGCAUUCUCACUUCAUGCAUUCAUUAGGUUUCCAGCUGGGCUUACAAAGUUGAGCUCCAGACAACAGAUCUUAGACAUCUAAAGUUGCACAGCUUACAAAAUACAAAUUUGUGAGAGCUUGGAACAAAGACUUAGACGACAUAUUUCGAUGAUUAGUGCAGAAGCUAUAGCUCUUGCUCAUUGUUUUGAUCCCGGAGCGCAGCACAGACACUGUAUUUGUAAUUCCAGCUGCUCAGCUGCAUCAAAAAGACAUUGCUGGUAAAUCUGAAAGAUCAACACACAAAUGAACUUAGAAGCAGGAAAUCUAAUUGGAAAAUAGAUCUAGAAAUUCCUGGAGAAGCAUGCAAAUAUGUGUUGUCUUAAGACCAUUUUUGACCCGAUCGCAAGGUACAAGCCAGAUUGUCUCUACGGUAGCACAGCCAUGGAUUGGCGAAUAAUCGCCAAUUCUCUUGUGCAGGCAGAACACUAAGAAAACAGAGAGAAAUAAGUGGUAUUUUUGGAGAAUAAAGGAAUGAGCGUGAAGCUAUUUUCCAUUUCCAUCAUACACUUGAUAGGUAUACAGUGUAUUUGUAGAUGACUGGAUGUAUGUCAUCUUGCAGUGGAGUUAGUCCACCAUGGUAGCAUGUGGCAGAGGACUUGAUAAGCCAGAGGAUCAGCUUGUGACUGAGCACAAAGAUUCAGUCUGAGCAUUUUUUUUCUUCUCGAAAAUGGAUUCAGUCGAAACAUGCAUGCAGGAGGACGAUGCAGCGUGCAUGCAAGCAACCGGUCAUGGCAGCUGCACUUCAUCUUGAAGAAUACAUUCUAGGUUCUGGCCAUGAAGUUUGAGAGAAUAAUACUGUAUGAGACAUCAGCUAGAGAUGUAUCUGCCAAAGAUGUCCGUAUUCACGGAAAUUAUACAUUUUGAUCCUCAUGGGCAGGUCCAGGGAAGAAGUUUUGCCGGAGAGCACGCCAGUAAAUGCGUUCCUGAUUGCGGCAAGGCAACCGAGUGAGCGGAAGGGUCGUUGAGAGCUGCAGAUGGCUUCAGGCUGCUGGAUCGGCCUGUCCCUUCGCAUUGCUCUGGUGCUGUCAGCACGAUAGAUGCGUGGCGUGGCGCCCUACGGAAGCGGUGGACCGGUCGACACCGUGAGCGCUAGUUGUCUGCUAGUCGUGGUCGUGGUCGUGGCGGAUGCCUGUGCCUGGCAGUGUCGGCCCUGCCCGUCGCGGGCUCGCGGCCGCACGAGAUUGCCCAGCGUCUGGGAUCUCCGUGUCCUGCGCGCGCGACACAGGCGCUACCUACAGGCAGAGGCAGCUGCGUGCUUCGGCCGGAGACGGAGAGCGGCAACCUGUACGUGGAACGCCAAACAAAACGCCAUGGCAUGACUGUAUCUAACUGGAGUACGUCUGGCCUGCUGAAGAAUUUGUCCACAUAUCCUGAAGAUUCUUCUUUAACCCGAGACACGUACGUGCUAGGAUAUAAAAUAUUGAUGGAUUUUGGUGUAAACUAAGUGGCGUCUAAAAUUUCGACACGCAAUUUUUUUUUUGCCUAUCACAAUUUGUCGAUCAUUUGAGAGAUGUAUCUAGUGAUUUUUUUUAAAAAAAUAACCACAGCACUGAGAACA